GGGAGUUGUACACUGAAACUAUCUAGUGCUGCUUUGCAAUAGGAUCAGACCUCUUCUCAGAGCGGCUCUCCUGCAACUAGAUCUCCUUUACCCUCAUCAUCUACUGGGGAGCAGGGUCUGCGGAAUGGCUUCACCCGGAGGGUGCUGUUUGCCUCUGCUCUCAGGCUAAUGCGAAAUAAUUACUCUCCUCCAUCCUCCUGGGAAUGCUAGCAAAUUGCCAGUCAUGCAUACCCAGUGAUGUCACUAGCCCCAUUAUGGCAAGAGGAAAACUGAGGCACGGAGUAGAAGUGACUUGUCCAAGGACACAAGAUUGUAAACUCAACAUGGCAUGGAUUGUCUGUCAUUCCGGGCAGCAUCCAGUGCAAGGAGUCCCCAGUCUCAGCUUGGACCUCGAAGAGCUCCGGGAAUAUCCCUAAUAAUACCCAUUGGGAUCUGCACAUUGCAGCAACCGAUCUACCAUUCCUGUCUCUCCAAAGGGUGUUUCACUUGCAGGGCUGGAGCCCCAUUACACAUGGGUAGAUUAACUGCACCCUGGGCAUGAUGUUGCUUUUCCAAUAGGAAGGAUCCUUUCAACAAAGGACUGAAAACCCGCAUUGUGAGCCCCAUCUGAGUGGCAGCGUUUGUCACAUUUGGGAUGGGAGACCGUUUUUUUUCUUUCACUGUGAAAUAGAAAAGAGCAAGAGAGAGGAGCUCAGGGAAUGUUUGUGUCAGGCCUGAGACGUUGCCCAGGAUUUUCCAUAAGAUGCCCUGAUGUUUGCCCUUCUCUGUAAAGAGCAGAUCUAUUGGAGACUGGUGGAUGCACAAGUAGUGGCUGCGAAACCCCAGUAAGAGAAUGAGUGAAAGAGACAUACAGAGUUUGAGCAAAUGGGUAUUGGUGCUCACUCUCUGCCUUAUCACGCUAUGGGGAAGAUUGAUACUGGCCUCAUCACAUCACAGAAGCCAUUCAGUGCACAUAGAGCCUGGCACGUGCGAAGUCAUCGCCGCCCACAGAUGCUGCAAUAAAAACAAGAUCGAAGAGCGCUCCCAGACGGUGAAAUGCUCCUGCUUCCCGGGGCAGGUGGCGGGGACGACUCGUGCGGCUCCCUCCUGCGUGGAUGCCUCCAUAGUCCUCCAGAAGUGGUGGUGUCAGAUGGAGCCGUGUCUAGAAGGGGAGGAGUGUAAGGUGCUGCCAGACUUGUCAGGAUGGAGCUGCAGUACUGGCAACAAAGUCAAGACAACAAAGGUCACCCGGUAGUUGCUGUGGAACUCUUUCCUGAGGGUUUCUCUGGCAGGCGUCUGCGUUGCGAUGGCCAGCAUUGCGAAAUGGCACAAUCUCAUGUUCGUUCAGCUGCGGGAAGUUCCUGUCACGUUCUGCACAGCCGUGAACGGGACUUUCUGGUGGCGGCAGGAACGCAGCAGUUUUGGGAUAGGAUGGCUGUCCCUCUGAGCACUUUAUGGUUCUGACUACAGUGCAUCUGACAGCGGACUCAUGCUCACUCCUUGGAGCGGCACUGAGGAUUACAGAGAAGGGGACGGAUGCACUCCUCCAGCCUGGAAUACUGGGAAACCUCCCUUCUGGAAGUGAAAAACCGUGCUAGGUACUGGUUAAUGCCACCUCUGAGGUAUUGAAGCAGCAAUUGCUAUUGAGGCAAUGGUAAUUGGUUCUGAAUGCAGUUGCAAGACUCCCUUUCACUCCAUGUUUUCCCUCUGCAUCAGGGGUGCACAUGCCAAGAAAUUCUUGAGUCAUAUAGACUCUGUUGACAAUUACAAAGAGAAAAAAAGGUUUCCUUCGUUUCCUGCCACAUAUUCAGAUAGGAUAAAAUAAUUGCCAGGAGAACCAUAUUUUCCCCCAAGGUCUUGAAUAGGUAUCAUUGUCAAGGUUUUAGAAAUCAAUGUCUAAAUCUUCCCCAUCUUUGUUUCAUUCUUUUUUAAUGAAGACCGGUUUCCAGGAAGAGUUCCUGCAGACAGGGGCCAGAUACCGAUCUGCCUUCCAGUGGGAUAAAACUGGAGUAACUCCACUGAAGUCAAUGGGGAGAUGCUCUGUCUUUGUCUCAGGGUGACUGAGAUCAGAAUCUGGGCUACUGUUUAGCAGAAAUGACAGUGCAGACUGAAACAUCUGAUGCUUUGCUGAAGACACCUGACGUGAGACAAUAGACUCGCUGAGCAAAGCGAGGCUGGUUUUUCCUUGCUCAUUAAUUGCACUGAUCAGGCUUUUAGUUCCAAAUCUGAGCGCUGUGAUCUAAGUCAUAGGAGCCAAAUUACUGCUCAUGUUUGCAACAGCAUUUCAGAUUAAUGCGGGCGGGGGGGAAUUUCUCUCUGGUCUGUUGUGCCUGGUGCAGUUUACUUGGUUAUCCAAAAAGAGACUGAAAUGGCUUAGCUUCGUUAAUUCAAAAGAGAGAAAAACCUUCCAGGCUCCUGCAAUGAGCUCAGAUCCCUUCCCAGGAUCUGAGCUCAUGUUCCAAUUUUGCUACAAUAUGUGCAGGAGGAGCCCCAUCUAACCCCUUUCUCCCAGUUGCAAACAUCACAAGGGAAAACUCUUUGGUCUAGGGGACUAAUCUCCCUCCCCACCCCAGAAGUCAGUGGAGAAAUUGCCAUUGAAGUCAGUGGAGUAGGACUAGGCUUUGGGCUCCCAAAGGAGAAUUGCAGUGGUACUUAACCCCCCCCCUUUUGCUUCUUUGGGAGUCCCAGCUCCGACAGUCACAGAAGCCUGUUGUACAUGUUGGUUUGCUGGGGAAGGGAAUAGUUAGAACCUACUUAAUCCAACAGUAGUAGUGAAAGUAACAGGUGCCUCCUCAAUGGAAACCUUGUUACUCUUCCCUAAAAAGUCUUUCAGAUCCAACCCUCGCUGUGUUACACCCCUAGAUGUUGGUACCAUUAUGGUUCUCUUGACUCAGGAAGGCCCAAUGGAUUUAAGCCUUGGAAGUGAAAAUACCUGUAUGAUAAUUGAUUGCCUACAAUGCAAAGUAUAACCCAAAGGGGACAUAUGACUAACGCAAAAACCUGGUGCGGAGAUGACAUGGAUUCCAGGAGUAACAGGAGGGAGUGGUGUGGGAAGUUCUAGGCAAAGAGCAAACAGCAGCACGUUUCAAACGCAGCCUGGCUCUGUUCUGUUUUGCAGCAGCCUGGUGUCUGUGCUACAACUGUACAACCUGCUGGAGUUGUUACUGGAACAUUUUUGUAGUGGGGUAUGUAAUCUCUGCCUCAGAUGCGAUGUAAAUACCAGACUGUGAAAUAUUAAAUUCAUUUUAAUCUCUGCAAA